AUGUUUCGCAAUGGCCUUCUGACUAGUAUGUUGUGUCUCGUCGUCUUUCACGCACGAGCCACCAGUGCAAAAUGCUGGUCCGACAAUGCUUGUAUCGAUGCUACCACGUGUGCUGUCAGAGGUGGAUCAUCUCAAGCGGGUCUCUGCUCUGGUGCCAGCCACAUCCGGUGUUGCACUUGUAAUAACUGCAUGGAUGUUGCGGCUUGUGAAGCAAGUGGUGGAACCUCGCACUCAGGUAUUUGUCCUGGCUCUGCCAAUAUGCGAUGUUGCGUGAAAGGUUCCAAUCCAUCUGGUAUCGGCUCCAGUAAACCAGUGAACAGAAUGCUUACGGACUUGGCUGACAUUCUUCGCAAAGCUGGUCUCAAUGUGGUCGAAGAACCCGGCUGGAAGACUCGUGGUCAUGGUGUGAUGGCCUCGGUGAAAGGUAUUCUAAUUCAUCACACAGCGGGUCCUGCCACAGGUGAAUAUCCAUCUCUACGAGUAGUGCGAGACGGUCGUCCUGAUCUCUCUGGUCCUCUUUCACAACUCGGCUUGGGUCGUUCAGGAACUUGGUACGUCAUCGCAGCUGGCCGUUCUUAUCACGCUGGCGCUACAAUCGAUGACUCAAUUUUCGGAAAUUCAAACUCCAUUGGUAUCGAAGCUGAGGCCACUGGCACUCCAGUCGAUAAUGUAGGACAUAAGCACUGGCCCGAAGUGCAAUGGGAGAGCUAUGUACGUGGUGUGAAAGCUCUUCAAGCAGCUUACGGUGUACCUACAGCACGAGUGUUGGGACACAAGGAAGCAGCAGUACCUGCAGGUCGCAAGCCUGAUCCGAACUUCUCUAUGAACGAGUUUCGAGCUGCACUCGGCUAA